GAGUCAGUUAACUCCACCAGUAGAUGUUGAGCAAUGUGACAUUGCCGUCCAGACAAUCAAAGAAGAGAGUCAGUCAACUCCACCAGUAGAUAUUGAGCAGUGUGACAUUGCUAUCCAGACAAUCAAAGAGAGUCAGUCAACAUCAUCAGUAGAUGUUGUACAGUGUGACAUAGCCGUCCAGACUAUUAAAGAAGAGACUCAGUUAACUCCACCAGUAGAUGUUGAGCAGUGUAACAUUGCUAUCCAGACAAUCAAAGAAGAAAGUCAGUUAACUCCUCCUGUAGAUGUUGAGCAGUGUAACAUUGCCGUCCAGACCAAUAAAGAAACUCCAGUAAGUGCUCAGCAGUGUGACAUUGCCGUCCAGACGAUUCCAGAACCGGUCAAAGAACAGCUUCAAUUGAAGGAUGCUAAAAUAACGAAAAUUGAAAAUCAAGACCCAUCGGCUCGUAGUCAAGAACUGCAGGAUCUUGAAAUGCGUAUUUUGGCUAAGGAAGAAAUAAUUGCUGAUCAGGAAAACCAAAUAUUUAUGAACCAGCAGCAUAUUAGUGAAUACCAACAGAAGCUAAACGAUACGAACGGCCAGCUUCAAGCGGCCCAUCUGAAGCUGAAUGAUAUUCAAGAGCAGCUUAACGAAUAUCAACAGAAGCUUAAAGAUACUUUGGAGGAGUUUAAUCAUGAUCAGGAAGAAAGAAUUGCUGCUGAGCAGGAGGAGGGGCAGGAGCAACAGGAGCCGCUGGACGAAGAUGAUUUGCUAGAGCCACAGGAGCAGAUAAAUCUUAGUCUGCAACAUGUAGACGACUACCAGGUGCAAAUUGAUAGCUACCAGCAACAGCUAAUUGAAUAUCAGCAAAAGCUUAACGAAACUCAGAAGAAGCUGAAUAAUAGCAAGGAGGAGCUGAAAGAAACUGAGAAGCAGCUGAAUGGUAGUAAGGAACAGCUACAGUCUACUAAUCAACAACUAAAGGUAACUCUAAAGCAGUUAAGUGACUAUCAGCAGCAGAUGGCUGAUUACCAGAAGCGGAUAAUCGAAACUCAGAAGCUGCUGAAUGAUAAUAAGGUUGCAAUUGAUAGUGAGCAGUUGGUAAACGAGGCUCAGCAGGCACUAAGCAAUAAUCAACAGCAGUUGCAGAGCUUCAUCCAAACAAUAUGCGCUCGAUUUAAUCUAGAGGCAACCUCGGAAAAUGGCCUGGAAGAAGUCGAGAAGAUUUUGAUAGAUUGGGUAGAGCGAAUGGAGAACCAGCUGAAGCAGAAGGAAUCCGAGAUGUUGCAGCAAUCUGAAGAACUCACGGUCGUAAGCAACAUCUCUGAUUGCAUCUUGGACACCAUGAAUCCAUAUUUGAAGCCAGCAAUUGAGGAGGUUAACAUAGAAGCGUUGCCCAUGAAGCUUAAAUUCUUGCACAAUCAGCUCAAACAGCUUGUGAUGAAAUAUGAGCGAUUGAACGAUAAAUGUAAGGUUCUAGAACGCAAUGUAGCGCAGUCCGAAGAAGUAAGGAGACAGGAGCAAAACACAAUGCAAAGGCAGCACAACGAGACUAUUUUGAGGCUGACAGGCAAACUAGGUCAAUUGGAAAUGCAAUGUGAUAAAGUUACGAAAGAGCUGACACUGAAAAAGGUAGAAUGCAAAAAUAUUGGCGAAGAGCUGCGAAUCCAAAAGGAUCUAAAAGUUGCUCAUAAGAAUGACGUUAGCAAUACAAAUGGGGACUCAAAGGGCAACAUUGAGCACAAGUUUCACAUUAAUAUUAAAACUGAAGCAGCAACGGUACAAAAUGGAAAUCAUGCUGAGACCGAGUCUCAGGAGUUGGCUGGCAUUAAAGAUGGACUGAGGGCUGCCAAUAAAAUACAAGCAAAAUUGGAACAGGAGCUUGCGGAGAAAACGAAGAUCGUUCAGAUGGGCGAGUCUACAAUCCAGGGGCUUCAAAAAGAGAUCAUGGCCAAAACUAAGCAGUUUGACCAGCUAAAAGAGAACUUGGAACAGGAACUUGCGGAGCAAACUAAGCUCGUUCAGAUGAGCGAGUCUACGGUUCAGAAGCUUCAAAAGGAGCUCAUGGAAAAAUCUCAACAGUUUGAGAAGUCAAAAAGCGAGUUGGAACGGGAGCUUAGGGAGAAGACGAGGCUAAUGAAAAUGGGCGAGUCUACGAUCGAGACACUUCAAAAAGAGAUCAUGGCAAAAUCCCAGCAGUUUGAGAAAUCAAGAAAUGAAUUGGAACAGGAGCUUGCGGAGAAAACGAAGAUCGUUCAGAUGGGCGAGUCUACGAUCGAAACGCUUCAAAAAGAGAUCAAAGAGAAAACCCAACUGUUUGAGAACUCAAGAAGCGAGUUGGAGCGGGUGCUUGCGGAGAAGACGGAGGUUCUUCAAAUGGGCGAGUCUACCAUCCAGACGCUUCAAAAAGAGCUUGUAGCUAAGUCCGAGAACUUGGAGAAAAUAAAUAACGAGCUGCAAUGGGAGCUUGCGGAGAAAACGCGGCUCCUUCAGAUGGGCGAGGCUACGAUCAAAACACUUCAAAAAGAGAUCAUGGCCAAAUCUAUGCAGUUGGAGAAGACAAAGGGCGAACUUGAACAGUCAGAGCAAAAACUAGAGUCUGCUCAGCAAAAGUUGGAGCUGGCUUUGCAGAAGGUGUUGGAAAAAGAUUUAGCUGCAACAGAGGUUCAUGAUUUAGAGGACUUAUUAAAGAGCGAACAGCACAAGAAUUUGAACCUGGAACAGGAGAAAAUACAGCAGAUAGAGCAGAAGCGCAUCAUCGAAAAGCAGCUGGCAGAUGUUCAGUGCUUGAUCUGUAAGAGAGAGGACGAAUUGGAGAAGACCAAAACACAGCUGGACUCGAGCACCAAGCGAUUGGAGAAAAUUUCCAUUAAACUGGGCGAACAACAAGCRGUAUUAUCCAAAACACAACGGGAAAUGUCUCAGUCCAAGGCAAAGCAGACCGAACAGGCGGAGCUAAUCACUGCAUUACAAAACGAAAAGGAGAGUCUCCAGAUGGACUUGCGCAAGACAAAGGAGCGUGCGAACCGGUCGGAGGAGAAGCAGGCCACCUUAGAGCAGCUACGCGUUGAGGCAGAAUCAGAACGCGAUGCAUAUCGUGAUCAACUAAUGAAGUAUGAGAGAGAGUCAAAGAAGGCUCACAAUAUUAUUCGCGAUCUGGAGCAUCAGGCGAAAAAGACAGAGAAUGAGAAGGUGAAACUGGUCCAUGAAAUUGGUGGACUCAAUUCUGAAAUAGUGCAGCAGAAGAAACAGCUAUCAGAGUUGAAAGACCAGCUGCAGCAGUCCAAAGAUGCAAUGCGUGACCUAAUUAUAGCCCAUGAAAAAAAUGCCGCUGCCAGUGCUGAGCAGUCGGAGCAAGACCGCUCGAAUCUGGAGCAGCUGCAGUCAGAACUAUUGGCAGCUCACCAGGAGCUGGAAGCAAUGAAGAAGAAGCACGAGUCCCUGACGUCUGAACUAAAUAAUAAGUUGACUGAACUUGAAGCGGAGCGCAGCAAGAGCAAGGAACGUGAAUUAAUGCUGAAGCGUAAGCAAAACCUUCUGAAUGAGGAACUGGAAAAGUGCAAUGCUGAACUAGCUGAGAUCCGUAGCGCCCAUGAACAGCUAAUAAAGGCAACUGAGAUGCAGACCAUGGAGCGCUUCAGCGAAUUGCAGGAAACCCAGCUGCAAUUGAAACAGCAGCGAGACAGCCUCAUUCAGCGCGACCUCGAUUGCCAGAUAUUGCAGGCAAAGUAUCGUGAAACCAAGGAAGAGAUGUCUCGCUGUGAGCAACGGUUGAAGGAUCACCGUCUGGAGAUGGAGGGCAAACUGGAAAAAAUGAAGUCCAAAAUGCGCACAUUGUACACGGCGGAGGUGAGCCGUAUCAAGGAGAAACAGGAGCGCGAGGCGGCUAACCACAAGGCUGAACUGGAAAAGCUGCAUGCUCAGGUCGCCAAGUAUGAGGAGCAUACGCGGAAGCUGUCCGCUCAGAUUGUGCGGCUGAAUGAGAAGCUUUUGGAGGAGCAAAAGAAACAUGCGAUUGUCAGUACGCAGCUGCGGCACCUGCAGGAGGCGGAGCUGCCGGCAAUGUCAUCUCUGCCCGCUGUAGAGGACUGGCAGCCGUUCAAGCGGCCAAGUGCACCAUCCGCCAAUCUGGGCAGCAAUCUGGCCAUGGAGGACGAAGAGGGCGAGGUCUUCAAUAACACCUACCUGACGGAUCUCAAGCUGGGCACCGUUCCCAAUAUGACGGCCGAAGAGCUGCAGUAUCGGAACUCGCUGCAGCCGCCGCAUUUGAAGAGCGCCUAUGCGGCGCAGUAUGACCUGGGCGCCCAGGAGGACGAUAUUAAAGAUGGGCCACACAGCCUGGACGACAGCAUGAGUGCGCUGCUGAGCACCACAGAUGGCCACGGUGUUGGUAUGCGCAAGAAGUCCAUGGGCACACACUAUAAGCGUCCGGGUCCACCAACGCCCAGCAAAAAUGGCGGCCGUCUGUCGUUUGGCGGCUCGGAGCCGCCGCGGGAAAUACUGCGUGAGACUUGUGAUAAUAGUGGUACGGCCAAGACCCCGGCCCGCUUUAAGAUCUUCGCAUCUCGCUUCAGCAUUGGCAACGGCGGCGGCGGCGGCGGAGGAGGAGGACAAUGUCUGCCACGGGACGAGAGGCGGCGUCACCGUAAAGAGAGCCUGUUAAAGGGCAUUAUGCAUCGCCGUCAAUUGCAAACAGCGUUUUGUACAUCGACGCCGCGCAGCAGCCGCUCCUUCUAUGAUCAGCGGCAGCAGCUAAUUGUCCACUGUGAUGGGCCAGCCGAUGGCCAGGAGCUGAUAAAGCAAGAGCAGGAAGUCACACCGCACUUGAACGAUGCUCUGCCCUUGGCGGCGUCGAAUGAUCAGAGCGGCAGGCCGAGCAUCUGUCGCCGUCGUUUAAUAACAACCAGCUCGAGCAGUAGUCUAACAUCCGCCACCCAAAGUGUCUCAAGUGGACGCCGACGCAAAUCCAUUUCGCGCAAAUCCAUUCACUUGUACGGCAACAGAGGCAGAUCCCGUGCUAGAUUGUCGUCGACGGCGCAGAUGAGUCACAAGCGCAUGCAGCAGCGAAGCAAGAUUAAGGAUCAACGCAUUGGAUGGUUCGAUCGAGGCAGGCAGCUGCUCGAUUCUGAUGAAGAUCCUCCAGAAGAACAAGAAGAAGAGGAAGAAGAAGAUACCAAAGAAUCUUUGAAGCUUGCCAAUGGAACGUAUGCCCUAUCUAAGCCGAAUGAGAACAACAAUUACUGCGUGCUCAACCGCAAUAAUGGCUCAUUGAUGGCCAUGGGUGCCACGAUGCUAUUGGAUAAGAAGACUUGGAAUUGCCUGGACAUCAAGGCGGAGUCCGAGCUGGAGCGCAGCAGUGAUCUUGAGGCGGCCACUUUUUGUGUGGAUCGGGCAGCUAUGAGCAACUCACAUUCCCAUUGGGAUGACGAGGAGCAGCCAGCUUUGUUGAAGGCGCUGGUCGCCAAAUACGACUGCGACCGCGACUCCAACUUGGCUGCGCUACAGCAAUUCGAGGAGGAUCACGUUUGCGCGUGGCUGAGUGACGGCGCUAGCAUCGCUGCCGUUAACAAUCUCAGCCACGAUAUCCAUUUCGAAGAGCUGUGCCGCCAGACAGCCUCGACGGCGCCAUUUGAGCUGCAGCCGCUGCAAUAUAGCUAUGAAUUAAUAGAGACCGUGCCGCAGAGGCAGCCGCACAGCGCGUCCAACGCUACGGAGAACACCUCGAACGCCAGCUGCAACACCAACUGCUCGUCGCUGCAAUCGUGGACGACGUACUCGCUGAGCCACAUUCGUACGCAUCGCUUGCCCCAGAUAAACGUGACCACCAUGGACCGGCUGAGCGAAUCGCGACACUUACCCCAUCGCAGGCAUGGCAAUAUACUGAUGCGUCUCUGGCAACGCCGGCGGCAUCGCAUGGGCCUCACCAAAUCCCUGAGUCUUGGCAUUGUCUUGUUCAUAUUUCUAAUGCCGUUCUGUAGCUACCUCACGGCCACAGCUGUCGUGGGCUUGAUGCUGUUGCUUCUCUAGCAAAGUGAGGAUGAGGCAGGCGGCAGGCGGCAGGCAGCAGGCGGCACACAACAGGCGAUAUACAGCAGGCGAUUUUAUGUCAAUAAUCAAGAUUGCAAUCGAAAUUUGUUUAAUAUGUGAAACUUCCGUUGUU